AGAUGAAGAAGUAUUUGAUCAACAGUCCAUCGUCGAGGUCUUACACUCAAAGGGUCUUUCGUCAAGUUCAUCCAGCAGAUAUUCCAUUUCCUUCAUUCCUCAAGUCCCCUAAGACAUGCUCAGUCUUUGGGGUGCCAAUGGUCUAUGGGCAGCCAAAUCAUGGUACUGAUUAUGGUCCCCAAAUGCUUCGAAAAUUUGGAUUGAGAGGAGAGCUCGAGGAGUUGGGUUGGACAGUACGCGAUAACGGUGACAUUGCCAUCGAUCCUCCACAUGAGAAUGAUCCGAAGCCGGACUCGCUGUUGUCCGGAAAGACCAAGAAUUGUUACAAUGUUGGAAAAGUGUGCCAAGCUGUGCAUGAGCUCACUUUUUAUGCUGCAAGUGAAGGGAAUUUUGCUCUUACUUUGGGUGGAGAUCACAGCAUCGGAGCAGGAACGGUCGCAGGGAUCUUGAAGGCCCGUCCAAAUACGGGAGUAAUCUGGGUGGAUGCACAUGCAGACAUUAACACUCCCGAGCUGAGCACGUCGGGCAAUAUGCAUGGUAUGCCAGUUGCGUUCCUGACAAGACUCGUUGAACCAACGCUAUUUCCUGGAUGGGAUUGGCUUGAAAGCACUCCACCGCUGCACCCUGCACAAUUAGUAUACAUCGGUCUCCGAGACGUCGAUCCAGCCGAAAGGAAAAUUUUGAAGGAUCUUGGUAUAACUUGCUUCACGAUGCAACAUGUAGACAGAUAUGGAAUCGCUGGUGUAAUGGAACGAACUUUUGAUCAACUUUAUGGCCGACCGUUGCAUUGCAGCUACGACAUUGAUGCUGUCGAUCCCUUACAUGCACCAAGCACUGGCACAGCAGUGCGAGGAGGCCUUACUUUUCGUGAGGCCCAUUAUCUAGUCGAAGCCGUCUCAGGCACGGGACAACUUGGAUCACUUGACAUGGUGGAAGUAAAUCCUGGGUUGGGCAGCGAGUCAGAGAACAAGGAGACUGUUGAGAUGGCUUUGGCCUUGAUAGACUCUGCCAUGGGUAGUCGAAUUCUAUAGACAAUGCUGAUGGUCAUUGCACUAUCUUUACUAUCAGCCGGACAAACGUGAAAUGAAGUCUGCCAUCUAGCUCUCAAACUCCCCGAUGCUGUUGACGCCUUCGGCCCUUUCGAUGAGUCAGAUAACGGCAAGAUUCCAAUUGAUAAGUUACUUAGUGAUAGUGUCAACCUUCACGAUAAUCUUGCGUUGAUUAAACAUAGUAUCCUUUCC